CUGAUCCUCUCUCUCUCUGGCGAGAAGACGCUGUGUUGACUCAUGGACGCCAGAUACUGACGAAAUUCUUCGUCUCAGUAAACCCUAUACAACAUGGAAACUAACGGCGGCUCCGCUUUCCGUCACCGUAAGUCUCCCUCGUCGGAGCGGUUCCUCGGUAUCUUCUCGCAGCCUCCGUCUACAGAAGCGAAUGGCGGUAGUGGCGUAACCGGCGCGGGUGACGAGCUUAACGAAGAUGAAGUGUUUUGGACCGGAGAUUUCUCCGAAUCGAACCGUCAGCCGAAGAGUUCACCCUCUACGGUUCGCCGGAAUCACCAGUCGAUGGGUUUCCCGCGACCGGAUAGUUUUGGCAUUCUCGCGGCAUUGCCGGAAGACGAGACGAAGCCACCAGUAGGGGACCGGCCUGUCUUGUAUCGGAAGGCUUCAUUUUCUUCUUCAUCUUCUUCGACUCCGUCGCCGUCCUCCUCGUCUUCGCGGAUGAUUCCGGCGAUUCCGAAGCCUCCUCAAAUUCCUCAGGAGAGAGAGUACUCUCAGUCGGUGCCUAACGGGAAGUACCACCAGUCGGCUCCAGUUAACGUGCCGGUGCUGCCGAAGGGGGCGGGGGGCUCAAGAAUCCGGACUUUGUUCGAAGUUGAAGAUGACGAGGGAGAGGAUGAAAUGCUGCCGCCGCAUGAGAUUGUCGCUAGGGGUUCUGCUCGUUCGCCGAUGACUACAUUUUCGGUUCUUGAAGGAGCUGGAAGAACAUUGAAGGGAAGAGAUCUGCGUCAGGUUCGAAAUGCCGUGUGGCGGAAAACAGGUUUUCUUGAUUGAAGAUCCUGGCAGUUUCUUAUUCUUUUACCUUGUUUCUAAUUGAGAAUUUUGUUUCUUCUUUCUCAAUCUUGAUUUUGGGGAACGAAUAUGCUUUCAUCAGAGUUUAUCCAGGUUCAUUUUCCCUUUGUUACAUAUGAGCGAGCAGUGAUAUAGACAUGCCAUACAGAUUUACAAUCUUUUAUUUUUCUUAAGAUUGAUAAAAUUCUUUUAUUGGGUUGGAUUGCAAUCAAGCCUAUGCAAGUUCCUUCA